AUGACAGAUACACAAUUUACAAUUAUUUUGCUAAAAGAAUUAAAUACCAAGCUUACAUUCGAGAUUAGUGAACUUAGAAAAAAGUAUGCCAAUCUUGAAUUCGAGAAUACAAAAUUAAAACAAGACAAAGAAGAAGUUGAAGUCAGAUUCUUGAAUUUAGAGCAGAGAGAUAGAGAAAAAACUGAUCUUAUUGCUAAAUUGAAACAUGAUGUUUUGCUAAUUAAGGACCCUGCUGGUACUAGUUCCAAAUUAUUAGAGGAUAAUAUCUUCACAUCUAAUAUAUUUGAUAACACAUCUAAUAAUGGAGAGAAUUGUAAAAAAGAGACUCCGAGAACAGAGACACUCUCAACUUCUGAGAAUAAUACACCUAAUAUUUCAUGUAAACAAGAUUUAAUACAAGAAAUAUCAACAUCUAUCAAGGAACAAGCACAAAACUCAGAGACCCAAGAUAUUUUCUGUUUAUAUCAAAAUGCAUGCGAUGCAGAAAAAGAUGCAAUCGAAGCUAAUCAAAAAGAAAUUUUGUGUUGGUGUUUCUAUGCUAAAAGAUUCAAAAGCAUGAUUAAAGAUUUUAUAAUCAAUGAUAGAAUUGGUGAGAAAAAAACAAAGGGUCGAGUAUAUAAUUUUAUUAUCAAGCAACUCCCUGCCACUAAGCGUGGAAAUUUGUGUAAGCAGACGCAAAAGGCUUUAAGGAUUGACAAUUUAUUCAAAAAAAUAAGAAUGUGUAAAGUUCAAUAUAUCAAAACUUAUAGUGUGAAUAUUAUUUCAAGAUUUACUAAUUUACAGAUUCAAAUGAUUAUAGACUAUUUUACCAAAAAGUCUGAUAUAGAAUAUACUGAUGAUCAGGACAAUUCUUCAGAUGAUUUACCUGAAGCUGAGUUAAGUGAGGAAGCCAAGAAAACUUUACCAGGAACUGAGAUAAGUGUAUUGCCUGAGAAAGUAUUACCAGAAAUUGAGAUAUUAAAUACAAAAGCCAAUGAUAGUAAACCACAAUCUUUAAUUACUGCUUUAUCCGAUGAUGAGCCAGAAAAUUUCUCUGAUGAUGAUAAUUCCUUCAAUAACAAUGAAGAUGAUGGGAAAGUGAGUUAUUGCGAUAUAUUUUACAAUUUAGUACCUGAAUUAGAAAAGAAAAUAGAUGAAUUAAAAAAUAAGAAUAUCAAAAUCAAAACUGAAAAUACAAAGUUAAAGUAUGACAAAGAAGAAGUUGAAACUGAGAAUAUAAAGUUAAAACAGAAUUUAGAUGAAUUUAAAAAAGAACUAGAGUCUAAGAAAAAUCGUAAAUUUUAG